AAAAAUCCCCUUAGAGUUCGAUCAGAAGAACGAGGCUUUAAUAAUAACACUCUCUUUGAAUAAGACGGUCUGGACUUUGGAACUCUUUCAAUUAUCGAAGAGAUAUGACCGACUCCGACUUAACGCAUCAGCUGCGUUCUGCCAUCCCCUCGCAGGCGCAUAAGGGAUUGAUCGAUUCGGUACUGCCGACCUUGAUUAACUGCAUCUCAGACAUUGCCAUAUCGCUCAGGACGUCACAUCAUGUCUCGCAUGCGGGCAGCGCGAAUGCCUUCGGUGAUGAUCAAUUGAAUGUGGAUGUAUUGGCCGAGAAUAGCAUCCGAGAGGCCAUUUCGCGCUGUCCUUUUGUUGUGACCGCCAGUAGCGAGGAGGACCCGGUCGAACGACAUGUUCAAAUCCAGGAAGCCUCCGUCGGCAAUAUUCCCGAGGAGAAUUAUACGGUUGCGUUUGAUCCUCUGGAUGGCAGCUCUAUAAUAGCACCGAAUUGGACUGUCGGUACAAUUAUUGGUGUUUGGCAAGGGAAGACAGCACUCGGCCAACCACCCGCAAGCAAAUUGGUGGCAUCUGUGCUCGGUGUCUACGGACCACGUACCAUAGUCAUUAUUGCGCUACGCGUCCCAGGCUCCGAGCCAGCAUGCCUCGAACUGGGACUCAGUGAAAACAGAGUCCACAAUGGUGAAAUUGAAGUCAUCCGGUCUGCCGUUCGACUAGCAGAAUCGCCAUAUAAAACCCGUUACUUCGCCCCCGCAAAUCUCCGCGCAGCAGCGGACGACGAGAAGUACAUGAGUCUAAUUACGCACUAUAUACAGAACAAAUAUACGCUGCGGUAUAGCGGCGGUCUUGUUCCAGAUGUGGUUCAUACGUUAGUAAAGGGUCACGGAAUAUAUAUAUCGCCCGUGACUUCGACUAGCAAGGCUAAAUUACGACGUUUAUAUGAACUGUUCCCUCUCGCGCUGAUAGUCGAGUGUGCUGGCGGGACCGCGAUCGACCCGGCUGACGGGACGAAUAUACUUGAAAGACCUUUAGGAGGCCUGAACGAAACUGCAGGACUGAUCUGCGGGACAGCUGAGGAGGUAGAAUUCGCGAAGAAAAUUCUUCUUGACUAGGUGGGUUAAUCACGUUGCCUGCACA